ACGACAGUUUUCAAGAAUUGACGUUGAGUAGUUUUCCAUUAUCAAAAUAAAGUAUGACCUGAAGAAUGCGAUGUCGCAAACCGAUCACACAUCACACGUGAGACCACCGGAUCACACGUGAGGCCACCAGAUCACGUGUGAUGUGGUAGUUUCACCGUCGAUAAGCCCUACUUCAUUUACAGCUUCAAUCUAUGUAAAAUCUACUCAUCUGCAACUACUUACUGAAUUUCACUCAACCUCUUGAAUUGGUGAACGUUUCUCCUUCUGAACCACUUCUAAAUCUCUCACUUUUCCCAUACCAGGCUGGUUAAAAAUUGUGAUCGUUUGAUCAGUUCGAGUACCUAAUAUUUUAAGAACCUAUUUUUUUUCUCAAUGAUUAUUUGACAUCCAUAGCAAUUUAGGUAGUAAGUAAAAAUCAAAUAGCUGAGCUGUCUUUUAGUCCCCCAAACUAAAUUCCUUUACUUUUGUGUAGGACUGGUAAGAACUCAAUGAACCCACCUCUAUUUUUAUUUACGAACCUCUCAAGAGCGAGCAGGGACCCGUUGCCCACUUCCCUCAAGUCAUUAUGGAUAAUUAUUCAAUUAGAAGCCAUCAAUCGGAUUUCAUGGGUUUAUUCAUUCGGUACCCAUAUGCACGUGGAUUUAAUAAAGGUAAAAACCCCACAACUUAGAUCUGCCUCCCUCUCCUUUCGUCAGGUUUACGUAGAAUUUUCCACUCCUGUGUCGGAAGCCCGUAGAGUUUUUCCAAGUUAAAUUAAGGAGCUCGGAGGACAAGCCGCAUGAGUGAAGUUUGUUCUUUUCAAGAGAUGCAUGUUUAAAGUUUUUAACUUAAAUGGAGCCUCAUGGCAGAAGGAAAGCUCUCUAACUCCCUUUUAUGCUUAAAAUUGGAUUUUAGCUGUGAGUUUUUCACAGUACAUAUUUUAAGACCAGUUCUAGUUGAAACCUUUAACAUCAAUUUAAAAAAAAAAAAAAAAAAAAAAAAAAAAAAAAAAAAAAACCUGCAUUUAUGCGCCUUGCCCCUAAGCCCGUGAAUUAAGCACUGAGCAUAGUGCACUAUUAAUUUACCGUGCAACUUUCCUCGCAAUUUCAAACAAGGAAAACGCGUAUCCUGUCUUGACCAAGUGAGUCACGGACUUCGGCGAAUGUCCAGCGCUAGCCAGCCGAAAAUACCCGUGGACGGCGCAUACCUUUAUUCCGAGAAAAAAUAAGUUUCGUCUGACUCACAAGCUAGUCAUCGGCGCGCCGAGCCGGAGCGAAGCUAUCCCGACGGAACCAUCUUUUAUUCCCCCGAGCCUUUUCUGGUGGCAACCCGGCAUGAAUUCCUUUCCUUACAGAGAGAGUUGCGGGUUAAAAUUGAAAACCGCAUUCCGCGCUUAAUUUCCCGGCCGGCCGUCAGAGCGCUGCACUUUCCGAUGCCCCCGUUCGAGUCUCCGAAGCUCGCCGCUGCCGCUGCCGCGGACGGCCGCCUCAGUUCGUUUCCGUUCCUCGCCGCGAGAUUUCACGUGGUCGCGGUCCACUCGUCCUCAGCCCGCACUUGGACACUUGCAGUCAUGGUCACCUCCGAUCCAGCCGUCUCAUCAAUUUCAGAGAGGAAGUUUGCUGUGCCUAUUGCGUUUCGUUGUUCAUCGUGUUUAAUCGAAUCAUAUGUGUGCUGUUUUAUUAUCGCAUCACUUCGAGGAGACUUGCAAUUUUUAUUCGAUCGCAUUCCUUUCAAGAAGUGUGAUAUCAUCGGAAUCGGCCCACUUUACCACGGGAAUAUCGAUAACGUGUGCGGUUCUCUUCAGUGUUUAAUAUUUCGCGAAUUUCGGAAGUUUCUAUGCUCGUGUUUUAUCUUUUAUCCGCUCCGACUUUUCUCCUCGUGGAAUGGAUCACCCCCUACUUCCGCUCGAUGCUCAGAUUUUUCGGAUGAGUGAUAGCAAGUGAACACGUUUCCCUUAAACUUUGGCCUAACUUAUUUGAAACCGGUUGUAAGUUCUGAUACACUCAUACUAUUGAGCGUUUCUUUUAUAUGAACGUUCUGUGGAACAGACUUGCGUGACUUAAGUUUGCAAAUUCCAGCUCAGGGAUACCUUUUCUGAACUUCUGUGGGGCACUGAAAUGGCCACGUGGUGUUCGGGGUCAUUUUCGCUUCAUUGCACACUCACCAGCUGCAGUUCCUUGAACCCCAGCGCUUGUUGAUCAUCUUCAUCGAUGUCGCCCGUCUGCUAGCAACCACAGACCUCUGAAUCGAGCCAUGGAGUGUGAUAUGCCAGUCCAGUGCCUCAUCUUCUUCGUCGAUGACACGCAAUCGGACCAACUCGAACCCGAACAAGGGAGUGAAGCAAUGCUAAGCUUCUCCAUCAUCAGCCCCGGCAGUAGCUCAUCCGCCUCAACACCCUUAACGAAAGCUUUCGCCCUUCUUCCCGGAGACUACCAAAGACUGCACUCACAUAUAUUACAUACAUUCCAGCAAAACGACAUCAUCAUCCUCACGACUGAAAACAUGCCCAAUUCACUAAGCAAUACAGAGAAUCUGCGGAUGAUGGAGCUCCAUCUGGACGGGAGCCGGAGCGCAACUGCAGACCCUCUCGAUGUCUACCACCCUCGAGGAUGCGACCAUCUAGUCAAAAGACUCUUUUUGAACUCUACCAUUCGUAUCACUCACAUUAAGUACAAGCACAAUAAUCCUGUAAUACCCGCAAUCGAUGACGUCAUCCUGGGAGCAAUGGAGACCAUCCUGGGCCAGAUUAUCGGUAUCCCAUGUACGUUUGGCCUUGGUUUCAAUGGGCAUCUCCUGCACCUGGCCUCAACUUCAGGCCCAGCGGUGUUGGUCCAACAGUUGCUGAAACACGGCGCCGACGUUGAUGGUAAAACUGAGGAGGGGCGUUCUUCUCUGCAUUCGGCAAUUUUAGGUGGUGGUGAGAUGCCACUGCAGAGUCUUCAUCCACGCCGCCCACCAGGGCUCAACCCAUUGAGCAAUGUAAGGUUUCAGGCAAGCCCGCUGCCUCCUUAUAUCCGCUGGCCUGCUUACGAGGUGGUUGAAGUUCUUCUUGAAAGCGGAGCGGAUGUGGAAUCCACGGAUCGCGAACUGGCAACGCCGCUCAUCUUGGCCAUCCAAUACAGGCGCCCGGAUUUGGUCAAGCUUUUUUUGAAGUACGGGGCCGAUUUGAAAGCAAAGGCCGGAGUUAAAACGGUUCUCGAGUUGGCUUACUGGGCAGGGCCAGGAUUCUUAUCGUAUUUCCUCGAGAGGUGUUUUCCUGACGAAUGCACUUUGAAAGAAAUAGAAGCACAUCGACUGCUCGUAAAAGUGUAUUGGGAUAGGUUCACACCCCGCGGCGUCCAAGCCAAACUUUCGAUAAACUUCAUUUCCGAUGAAAUACUCGUAUGCCAUCUUGUCAAGAUCAUGGUCCUCAGAGAGAUUGACAAGCUGGAAUUUCUGGAUGAACGGUCUCUUUGGACUAUCAUGAGGUUGGCCCCGAAAGGGUUUCGGACGGCGUGUACGGAGGAGCUGACGCGUUUGAAAAAUGAACCGUGUGUUUAUUUAAACGUUCCGACGUAUGACGUCCUGGGAAAAAAUGAGUGUAUCGUUGCCCGCCUCUUGAUGAGUAAUCCCUCUUUCACCCAAGUGCUCAAAACCACCGAUUUUAAACUAAGUUUCCCUAUUUACGGGGGAAUUUUGAACCGACAUUUCGAUAAAGGGCACGACCGAACAUGGGCUCAUAAACAUGCAGUUAAAAGUUUCCAUUUGCUUUCCUUCCGCUUUCGAAGCCUCCCUGAGGAACUUCAGGAAAAAAUCCUGUGUCUGCUCACGACCAGAGACAUUUUGAAAUUGAGAAGCGCUAGCCAGCAGCUUCCAGAUCCAGAGCAGGGCCAGUCCUGUGGGACUGCAAGUUCAUCGCGGACUGCAGUUCCAGAAAAUGUACCAAUUGUUUCUAUUAGUUGAAAUUGUAGGUCUGGUUGACUUACCGGUCAAUUGAUUGCCUUUGUGAAGGUAUACAUGUUCGAAAAAGAGUCUGCCAAAAAAGGUGUAUUUGUGCCCCUUUUUGGGGGAACUCAGGGAUAUUGUACAACUGUGACCUAAAAAAAAGAUAAUGCUAAGACAAUCCUCCGGUAAAAAUUUUAGCUUGAGUUUAAAGCUCGUUUUGGCAAUACAUCGUUGCAAAGUGUACUUUUUUUUACCAUUGAUAAAUGCUAAUACUUGGAAGUUCUUCAUCGGCGGGGGAAACAACUUUAAUUGAUCCCUUUUUAUUUUCUGAGGCACAGUAACAUCAUAGCUGAUGAUAUAUGCAGUAGGAAAUAAAAUGGCAUCAACAAAAGUCGUUUUUUUCAACUGAGGAACUUUAAAAUGAUAGCAUUUUUUAAUGGUGAAAAAUUACCUCUUGCAACUCUAUAUUGCCAAAACAAACUGUGAACUCAUUCAAGAUAAAACUUUUAUCGGAGAAUUUUCUCAUCAUGAGGUAUCGUUCAGGUGAGAUUUGAACAAAAUCCAUGGGUUCCGCCAAAGAAAGGAGUUCUUUGAUUAGCUAUUCGUGUACUUGGAGGAAAAAGGGGCUCGAUGCAAUUCGUCCAGCCCAGUUGGCCAUGAUAACCAUAGUGAAAAACAUUUCCCCGUCAAAAACUUUUAAUGCGUCAAGAAACACAGAAGAAAGCUUGGAGACUUGAACGCAGCGUAGAAAAGUAAUGACUCCACAACUCCCUUUAUUCCUCCAGUGCCAUGACCUGCAACUGAUAUUGUAUCACCACCAAAAUGAAGGAUUACGUACCCUAACGAUUUCAACUCGUCAGUUUUAGGUCCCUGUUUUUUCUCCCUCAAACUUGCCAAUCAGCUUCAGAGUGAUCGAAUUUUAUACAAGGGGAGCGUACAAUAUGGUAGCAAAUCUGUAACGUUACGGGGAGAGACGUGUUUUUCUUCUUCUCCUUUUCUUCCUUUUUUUCACUAUCAAUAAAAUAGUUCUGUAAGCACUGAAAAGAAAAGUGCAAGAGGUGUAUGUGUAGAGUGUAAGUACCUCUAUCAAACUGAGUGGAUUUUCCUGUAAAAAUGCGUAUAACUUACCAUUUUUCGAUUCCAUUACUGCAACGACGUACCUGUUCAUUUCCUUAAUUUGUCCACAAAGUUUUUGUGAGAACUACCACUCCUUUAAUAUGAAGAAAUGUCUGAAAAUUAUGUUCAAAUAAACUUGGAUCUCACUUCA